UUUAACUCGUUUUUUCUUUUAAUUUUUGUUAUGUUUUAGAAAUAUGAUUAAUAUCGACAUUUCUUAUUGAUAUGAGUAAAAUAUAUCAUAUACUUUUACAUCGACGUUUAAGAGCUCUUGCUCUUGGUUGCAGUCAGAAACCGCCGAACCCUUCUAUUCUCCCGCCGGAACUUCCCGUCGACUCCUCAGUGCUGAAUCCGACUAUGAUAAAGCUCCAUUGCUCUCAGCCAUGGCGUUGUUACUCCAAUUUCAAGGUAUUUCAGGCUCUAUUCUACUCAUCAAAAGCCUUACCUUCUUCUCGAAGUCCUGAGGAUACUCUCUACCGAAGGGUUUCUCAGGCCGGCGAUCCUCGAAUCUCAAUUGUUCGCGUGUUGGUCCAAUGGGUCGAAGAAGGCCGAGAAGUCAAGCAAUCUGACCUGCAAAAGCUCAUCAAGCAGCUCAGGAAGUUCCGUCGCUUCAACCAUGCUCUACAGUUGUGUGAAUGGAUGAGUAAUGAAAGGAACCAAGACCCGUCACCUGGGGACAUUGCUAUUCAGUUAGACUUAAUUUCAAAAGUUCAUGGUUUGGAACAAGCUGAAAAGUAUUUUAGCAGCAUCAGGGAAUCUUCAAGAGAUCAUAAGGUCUAUGGAGCACUUCUAAACUGUUACGUAGAGAAUAAAAAUUUGGAAAAGGCAGAGGCGAUCAUGCAGAAGAUGAGGGACGUAGGAUUUAUGAAAACACCACUUUCCUAUAACGUUAUGUUAAGCCUUUAUGCUCAUCUCGGCAAACAUGAAAAAUUUGAUGAAUUAAUGGAAGAAAUGGAAGAGAUUGGAAUUGCUCGUGAUAGAUUUACAUAUAAUAUUCGUAUGAAUGCUUAUGCAGCUACUUCCAAUAUAACAGACAUGGAAAAGCUUUUGUUGAAAAUGGAGGCAGAUCCACUUGUUACUAUGGAUUGGCAUGCUUAUUUCAUUGUAGCAAAUGGAUAUUUCAAAGCUGAUCUUUCUGAAAAUAGUAUAUUGAUGCUGAAGAGAUCAGAACAACUCAUUGGUGACAAGCAAAAGUGGCUUGCAUAUGAAUGUCUCAUUACACAAUAUGCUGCUAUGGGAAAUAAGGAUGAGGUGUAUCGGGUUUGGAACUUGUACACGAAGUUGACAAGAAGAUACAAUUCAGGAUACCUUUGUAUAAUAAGUUCAUUAAUGAAACUGGAUGAUAUCGAUGGUGCUGAAAAAAUCUUGAAGGAAUGGGAAUCAGGGGAUACAUGUUUUGACUUUAAAAUUCCGAACAUGAUGAUAAAUAGUUACUGUAAGAAGGGACUCGUGGAUAAGGCAGAAGCAUAUAUAAGCAGGCUUACAGAGAAUGGCAAGGAACCACAAGCAAACACUUGGGAUCGACUAGCAAGUGGAUAUCAUGCUAAUGGUUUGACAAAUAAAGCAGUUGAAACUCUGAAGAAAGCAAUCUCAGUUAGUCAACCUGGAUGGAAGCCUAAUUAUCAUACCUUGGCCGCAUGUUUUGAAUAUUUGAAAACAAAUGGAAAUGUGGAGUUAGCAGAGGAAAUCUUUGGGCUCCUUCGCAAACGUGAUAUUGCUGCCUUAAAAAUUUGUAAUAGAUUAGAAGAUUAUAUCCACAGUGAAAACAAAACCUCAAUCAAGUGCCCUGAUCAACUCGGCCUGGAAGGUCAGAAUGAGAGACUCGAUCACGUGUCAGAUCGAAACAAGAUCGACUUUGCUGAGCUAAAGUAUGAGGAAACUUCUGAUUGUAAGUGAAGUUUUUUUUUCCUUCCGAACAUGCUUCCUUGUUAUAGUAUAGCAUUAACUUUUUUCAAUGUUCUUGAAAUACCCAUAUAUUUGGAUUAUUUAAUUUGGGAAAUCUUAUCUUCUUCUAGUAAUCAGCGUGUAGGGAAUUUGCAUCUA